CAACACGCGGACUUCAGAAGUUAACCGUACAACGCUGUUCUUCCUAAUUUGCUUAGCUGCAAAUUUCAAACGAAAACAACAGCCCAGAAAACACAAACAAUAUUUCUAACUGAAUCCGAGCAGAAUAUAUUGGCAAGGGAUCUUGUCAAGAGGGAAAGUGACAUCAAGUUAACAGUGAGUGUAGGCGUAUUAUUGGAGAGCGCAGGGGACAUUCAGCAAAAGGAUCAACCAUGGUGCGGGCUCCUCCACCAAGUCGGGCCAUCAAAAGGGCAAAAAUCCUUGCUCUUGCAAAGGGUUUCCGCGGUCGUUCAAAGAACUGCUAUAGUAUUGCAAUUAGAAGAGUACAUAAGGCUCUGCAAUAUCAAUACAUUAGUAGGAGGUUAAAGAAAAGAGAAAUGCGUGCACUUUGGAUAACAAGAAUAAAUAUUGCUACAAGAGAGCAUAAUGUCAACUACUCUAAUUUCAUCAACAAAAUGGCCCAGUGCAAUAUCCAGUUAAACAGGAAGAUCCUUGCAGACCUUGCUAUACAUGAACCCAGAUCUUUCAAGGCCCUGUCAGAACUUGCAAAGAGUCGCCUGAAAGAUGGUUUACUGGCAGCCAUUUAAUAAUUUAUGUAACCUCCACUGAGCUAUUUUGAACAAUUUUUACCUAUGGCAGCUCUGGUUGUAAGAGUGGAGAGGUUUUAAUCGCCAGGUAGCAGCUCUGUCAUUCAAUAGAUACUAGGAAAUUUGUUAUAUUUUUUUUAAAAAGCUGCUUGCUUAUUCUUUGUCAUACCACAAUAUCUCUUUUCUUUGAAGUGGAGAAGUUACAUAAAUUUUUUUUUAAGUUGAGUGCAUGAAAUGUUUUUUGACUGUGCUCCAGUUUUAUUUAUUAGCUUACCUAACAAUUUUAGAAGUUGUUUCUGUUAAUUUUGUCACAUUAGGUAAUUUUUCAAGUUAUCUGUUAUCUGAGGUAGCCAAAAAUUGAAAAAGCAUGAUGGCUUGAGGGUAAUGAAGCCCUUUUGCUGUGAACCAGAUAUCAACUGCUGUAUCAAUAUGGUGAGGUCUCUUUGCUCAAGUUUCACCUGCUCACACUCCUGGUAAACUUGCCUACUUCCCUGAUCUAACUAUCAGCUUAUGUAUCUUUGCGGCCUUCUAUACCCUUCCAAUGAUACAUUUGCAACCGUUGUUACUGAAGUUUGCUCUGAAAUGGGCAGAACUUGUAGAAAACUAUGAGGAAUAUUUGAGCAUCUCUAGGAUAAAUGAAUAAGUCUGGAUGUGAAAUUAAAAUAAAUGAAAUAGGGGAAGACAGCUUGGAUUAAGGGUAUGUAUUUUGAUAAAAAAUGAUGGGAAGUCUGGUCUGUAUAUUUGAAUUCUUCACUCUUAAUAUAAAGCAAUGUUAUAAUUUUGCACAUGCCAUUGAAGUCUCCUUAAGUCUAACCCAGAAAAAAACAAAGGGAUGUGAUUGAGGAAUAUAAGGGGCUGGGUUUGCUUGCCUCUCCCUGGUCAGAGAAAAGUAGUCAUAGGGAAAUGUCACAUGAACAAAGAUAUAGUCAAAGCACAAGGGGAAAUUAAAAUUGAUGUUUUUAAAACAUCAGCAUGGAUGGAGGACAUCACUUGAUUUUCUUGUUCAUUAGCGCAAGUCAGUUGUAUUCAUUUAAAUUGUCAUUCUUUCCCUCAGAAUGGUUGUUGUUUAAGAAUUAAAAUUAUGUUUAAGUGA